AUGUCAGAGAAGAAGCAAACUGCUAGUUCUAUAAAGUCAUUUAUCUCGGGUGGAUGUGGUGGUGUUGCGGCUGUACUCGUUGGACACCCCUUUGACCUCACGAAGGUCCGACUACAAACUGCUCCGCAGGGGACAUACACUGGUGCGAUCGAUGUUGUGAAGCAGACACUUGCCAGGGAUGGGCUAAAAGGGAUGUAUCGAGGAAUGGGACCGCCUCUCGUUGGAGUAACACCCAUCUUUGCUAUUUCGUUCUGGUCAUACGACCUGGGGAAGAAGAUCGUCUAUUCUUUGACACCUAAUCGGGCCAAUACUAAAUUAUCAACGGCGGAAUUAGCCUUUGCAGGGUUCUUCUCUGCCAUCCCUACAACCCUCGUCGCAGCACCAGCGGAACGAAUUAAGGUCGUGUUGCAAGUGCAAGGUCAAGGCACGGCUGCUACUGCAUAUAACGGGCCUAUCGCUGCCGUAAGAGGGCUGUAUAAAGAAGGGGGGUUGAAGAGUAUAUUCCGUGGUUCGGGGGCGACGCUAGUCCGUGAUGGACCGGGUAGCGCUGCCUAUUUCGUAACAUACGAAGAAUGCAAGAAAGCACUCACACCUGCUGGAUCGGACCCUUCGCAGUUGAACCUGGGUGCCGUGAUCGUUUCGGGUGGUAUGGCGGGCGUUGCGAUGUGGUCUUUGGGUAUUCCUCCUGAUGUGAUCAAAUCACGUAUCCAAUCCGCACCGCAGGGAACAUAUAGCGGAUUCAUCGAUUGCGCACGGAAGACAAUCGCUCAGGAUGGAGUGAUGGCGCUGUUUAAAGGGUUUGGUCCUGCUAUGGCUAGGGCUUUCCCGGCUAACGCAGCUACUUUCCUCGGUGUGGAAGCAUCACUGAAAUUGAUGGACAAGCUGUUCUAGCUGCAUAUAUGUCUCAAGUGAUCAGAUACGAUACUUAGAUAAUAUACACACUCGAGCCCCCCCGCAACUUAGAGUGCCAAUGC